CUACACUUUCUCUUGUCUGUGCUUUAACAAACCCUCGAGGAUGAUCAUCACACAUCCUCGGAAACCCAGGGGCAUUUUUCUCUUGUAUUAGAGGAAAAUGCCCCUGGGUUUCCGAAAGGAAUUCUCGUUAUGACGUCAUAAACAAAAGCAUCCUCCAGUCACGGUGGUAGAUUAGCAUACCUUUCGUUUUGUUUGUUCAGUUUGCCCUCCUGUGAAUGGUUGCAAACCACAAAUAGGCGUCAGCAUGACUUUGUCAAGCCCGAUUUGUAUACAAAACACCGCGAAAACUAAUUUAAGCUAAUUGAUCAAUAAUAAAGUACGAGUACACGCGAUAAUUGUACCAUCAUGCAUUGUCUGUCCAACUCGACACCAGGCUUUCGCUGAUAAAGCACGGUCAAAAAUCCAAUAUGGCCGCCGGUCCUGUGGAAGACGCCGUGAGAUCCGCUCUAGUCACCGAGGCAGGAGACUGGCCAGAUAAUGUUCAAUUGUAUCAGCCAAGUAAAGCAACUAUCCUUCUCCCAGAGGCAGCAAGCUGUCUAGCAGUACAGGCAUUUCUGAAAUUCUGCCAGCUUCCUUAUGAUUUGAAGUGUGUCAAGAAUGCAGAGUCAAUGUCCCCAACAGGGGAGGUACCUCUCCUGAGGGCUGGAAAAGACCUUGUUGGGGGUCCACAAGACAUAUUUUCUUUGGUCAACCAUAAGGGGCUGUCUGUCAGUCAAGAUUUUGAAGCCCGAGAUAAGGCUGAGAUGAAAGCAUAUAUCUCUCUCAUCAAUAGAUCCAUACUUCCAACAGAGCUCUACAUGCUUUGGUGUAAGCCUGGCUGGCAAAUCCGUACUACACAUCAAUAUGGCUCUCAGUUCCCUGUUCCUUUGAACUACAUCUUGAGUUACAGGAAGCAGUGGGCUGCCCACAGAAGUCUUCAUGCCCUCAACUGGCAGCGCAAGAAAGAGGCCGGGGUUGUUGAGGAGUUCGAGAAAGCUUGCCAGGCAUUGGCUGAGAAAUUAGGAACAAAUCAGUACUUUAUACAGGGCAGACCUACAGAGGUAGAUGCCCUGGCGUUUGGUCACAUAAACUCUAUUUUGAGCAGAUACCAGCCUGAUGACACCCUUGUCGCCAUUGUUCACAAGCACCGCAACCUUGAGGACUUUGUCAUGAGAAUACUUAAUGACUUCUUUCUAAAUAAAUAAUCUUGGUAAUAAUUUUAUUCAAUUCUUCCUUGUAUAUACAGUGAAGCAUAUUAUUAAGAAUAAAACUGUUGUUAUGCUGGUUUAAA